AUGAAUUAAGGCAUAUUCACUUUAUUGAUUCCGUCUAAACCUAAACAAACAUCUGAAAAUCGUUCUGUCCCAAUCUAUGUAGAUACUAGCUUUACUAGUAAAAUAACAAUUGAAAUCAAAUAAAAUAUGUUAAUUAGUGAUAUUUUGAAAUUCAUUCAUGGAGAUGAUGAUAAAUAAAAUUUACAUCUUGUUUUGAUCCAUUAUUCUGUAUAAAGAAGACUAUGGAAUUAUGAAAAAGUAGAAGAUGUUUUACAUAAUAAUAAUAGCAAAUUUGUUAUAUGUGAUUUUUAGAAAAAAUAACAGAUAUAAGGGUAAAAGUAUCCUAAAUAUUUUGGUAUAUAUAUUAUAUUAAUAAAGAUGAUAAUUUUAAAGCCUAUGGUAAACUGUUGAAAAAGAAUAAAUUAGGUAUUUAUAUAGCAACAUAAGUGUAUUUAUCUUAAACAUAUUUUGGAUUUAAAAAUGACAAAAAAGGUAAAAAUACUAAGACUAUUUAGAGAAAAUUAAAUUGAGCUGUUUAGAUAAUGUUAGACUCUAUACUUGGUAGAAUAAUACCAAAUUUGAUUUCUAAAUUGAAAACGAAAGGAAAUUAUACUUUUUCUAAGCACUAAAAGAAACUGAUUUUAAUUAUUGGAUAAGAACUAUUUAGGAGUCGCUGAAUGAAGCUACAUAUAAAUCUUUGCUUUAUGAAAUGGAUAUCAGAGUUUAAAUAGCAACAAGAAAUUAAAUUAAUCGGAUUGAAGAAUUCGCUUAAGAUUCACUUCAAUAAAUUUAAAUUAAUGGAGAAUAUUUAAAAUAACUAAAAUCUUAAAUUACUGAUAUUUGUGAUGUAAACAUCUUGGAAUUUCUUUUAACAAAAAAUAAAGAUUUUAUAAUAGAAAUUCGCAAAUAAAUUGAAAAAGAUACUUAUGGUUUAAUAAAACCUCUAGAAUCUCAAUCUUAAGUAGAACCUUUAAGAAUUUUUACAUAAAGAUAUCAUUCAUUAAUUAAGAAAGAUUGUGAUUUAGAUUAAAUAUUUGAAGAUUUAAAUGAUGAGAUUACUUCAGCUUAUUUGGGUUUUUUAAAAAUCUAAAAGAUAAGAACUAAAAUAAUCCUAUAAGCUAGAGUUUAAUUUAAAGAAUAAUUUUCAUAAUUCAAUCCCUCUUUUGAUUAAUUUUAUAAUUGA